CGGACUGUGGCCUCAAAGAGCCCUCCACCCGACGCCGACCCCAAAUUCCGAUCGGCCGAAUCUCGUCUGCUCCUUCUCUGCGAUUCCCGGGAGAUAAAAGUUGAAGCGCGGCAAAUUCGCUCCCGACGAAGACGAAUAGGAGCUUAGCUUUUUCAUCCCGUCGCCAUGGGGGACUACACCGAUGCGUUCAUGCGCAACCAGAACACUGCCGUUCGCGGCGCCACCAAGGCGCAGAACCGAGCUAACGUUCUCCAGCUCAAACUGAUUGGGCAAAGCCACCCAACUGGGUUGACAAACACCCUUUUGAAGCUUUUUGAGCCUCGUCCUCCAUUGGACUUCAAACCCCCUCCUGAGAAGAGAAAAUGCCCACCCUACUCUGGUAUGGCACAAUUUGUGAGCAAUUUUGCGGAGCCUGGUGACCCUGAAUAUGCUCCACCUGUUGAAAAAGCCGAAACUCCUGCACAAAGAAGAGCCAGAAUCCACAAGCUACGAUUGGAAAAAGGUGCAGAGAUUGCUGCUGAUGAACUUAAAAACUAUGAUCCCACUAAUGACUCGAAUGUCUCAGGAGAUCCGUACAAAACAUUGUUUGUGGCUAGGCUUAACUACGAGACAUCUGAGAGUAGAGUUAAAAGGGAGUUUGAGUCUUAUGGACCAAUAAAAAGGGUAGGCUACCAAAACACUUCAGCAAUUGUGAAGAUGUUCUUCUGGUAUUUCCUUCAUUUUCUUACUGUCUCCCAAUUAGAACAUUGCUCCCUGGUCCGCCUCGUGACAGACAAGGAUACAAACAAACCUAGAGGCUAUGCUUUCAUAGAAUAUGUGCAUACACGGGACAUGAAAGCUGCAUAUAAGCAAGCUGAUGGGAGAAAGAUUGAUGGUAGAAGGGUACUUGUUGAUGUCGAACGUGGUAGAACCGUGCCAAAUUGGAGGCCUCGCAGGCUUGGUGGUGGACUUGGAACUAGCAGAGUAGGUAGCGAAGAGGUUGCUACGAGAGAAGCUCAGCAACCUGGAGGUACAUCACGAUCUGAGGAACCAAAGGCUCGUGAUGAUCACCAUGUUGAACGGGAGAAGUCGCGGGAGAGAGGGAGGGAGAAGGAGAGAGAAAGAGAGAAGUCCCGCGAGAGAUCCCAUGAUCGCCCAAGGGAUCGUGACAACAACAGGGAGGAUAGGCAUCACAGAGACCGUGAUAGGGGUGAGAGGGAGAGAGAGCGAGGAGGCCGAGACCGAGACCGAGAAAGAGAUAGUAGGGAUGGCCGUCGCGAUCGUGGUGGUAGAGACCACCGCGAUCGGACAAGAGAGAGGGAGAGGGAUGGCGGUGAUGAUGACCUUCGUGGACGCUCCCGUGAUCGAGAAUAUGAUUACCAACGUGACGACUCAAAGCAUAAUAGGGACCGUCGUGAUUAUGAUGGUGGUGAUGCAGAGGACGAUCCUGGGUGGUACGAUCAAUCUGAUCAAGGGGACAUAAGCGGUCUGUCGAUGAUCAACAACGAUAUAAGCAGUAUGACCGUCAUCGUGGUAGGGAGCAGCAAUAUGACGACAUGGAUGUUCAAGAAGGCGAUCAAGACCGUUAUGGCGAUCAAUACACUGCUGGCCGUGAUCGAUCAUAUCAGGUGGGUGAUGAUGAUGAUGAUUACCGCUAAUAUUGGGGAAGAGCUUCUGCAAGGACAUCGGGCUGGUUUUCAAGGGAAUCCCACAAGACUUUCCUUGAAGCCUGUAGCGGUGAGAUUGAGAUGAAAUUUGUUUUGAAGGUUUUUUUGGUUUCGUGUUUUUUGUACUGAAGAAAGGUCUGUUGAAUUAGUUGCUGGGUGGAUCACAUUUGGUUGGUGUUUUGUGUCGCAAGUCUCAAGGUACUGGCUGCAGCCUGCAGGAUUUACUUGGUUAUCUGUAUUGUUUAAUGUGUUUCUCUGCCAGUUUGGUUGAAAGCUCCUAUCUCUCUCUGUCUCUAAUCUGUUUUAUAUUAGGGAUAUUGGUGGGUUGCAUAUUUGUAUAUUGGUGCUUAGUCUAGUCUGUGUCCUAUUUCAUAGAGUGAAAAGAUACUAGAAUUACUC